GCAUUCCGUUCGGGACGAGCAAAGACAGCUGGCUGGGCGCAGAUGGAUUUCAUUGCCGGAGCCAUUGGAGGUGGCGUUAGUGCUGCAGUGGGUUAUCCACUGGAUACAAUAAAGGUGAGAAUACAGACAGAAUCGACGUAUCGUGGAAUAUGGCACUGUAUCAAAGACACAUACAGAACGGAAAGAGUGCCAGGUUUCUACCGAGGUGUCUCGAUGACUGUCUUCAUGGCCUCAUUUAUUUCAUCGUUUUCGUUUGGACUCUACAAAAGCAUCCUUUCUAACAUCUGCAGAUUACGAUAUGGCUCGGCAGACAGAAAGCCAUCGAGGGUGGAUAUAUCUUUUGCUGGAUGUGCCACUGGGGCUGUCCGGGUUGUGCUAAUAUCACCUGCAGAGAUCGCCAAAGUGAGACUACAGAUCCAGAAAGAGCCGUCUCCCUCAACUGCUUCAUCUCACCUCCUCUUCGCCAAGCCGAAGUACCAAGGCGCUGUGCACUGCUUGCGGACCAUUGUGAAGGAAGAAGGCCUUGGGGGUCUGUACAAGGGCUCUUUGGCUCUCCUGUGCCGGGACUGCCAUUCCGUUGCAACCUACUUCCUCACCUAUUCUGCCCUGUGUGACUGGUUUACUCCGGCUGGUAAGGAGAAACCAGACCUGUGGGCUGUGCUCAUUUCCGGAGGCUGCGCUGGAGUCGUGGCCUGGGCUGCAGCCACCCCUAUGGAUGUCAUCAAAUCCCGAAUGCAAGCAGAUGGCGAGGGACAACGUAAAUACUCUGGAUUGAUCCACUGUGCCAGGGACAGCAUAAGAGAAGAGGGGCUGAAAGUGCUUUUCAAAGGCAUUGGACUCAACUCAAUCCGGGCGUUUCCUUCCAACAUGAUGAUAUUCUUUACUUAUGAAGCUGUACUUCGGUUUGGAGAACGCUUGGUGAAAUAAAGGGCUUAC